UGUAUAUGUGACUAUAAUUACAAUAUUUGUAGUUGUCAUAAAGAAAUUAACGCGAGACUGCUGUCUAAAAACGAAAAUUGCUUUUAAGGGAACUCUUAUUUUUCUCAUUAUAAAAUGAUUUUUAGAAGAGUGUUAACUCCUAACGUCUUCCACAAGGUUAGACAGCUAGAAUCAAUUUCUAACAAUAAUCUUUUUGCCAACACCUGUAGACUUCCCCAAUUUGGAAGAACGUCUACUACCCUCUCUAAUACCAAACAAUGUUUAAAUUAUAGCACUGUCAAUAAUGGAAGUAACUACUUGGUUCCGAAAACUACGAUUGUAAGCACACAAAUAAAUCGAAAACUAGCUACAGUUACAGGUGAUCAUGUACGUUUAUGGGUCUUUGAAAGACUUGUUUCGGCAGGACUCCCAAUUACAAUACCUGCUGCUCUGUGGACAGAAAGUCCAAUUCUCGAUGGUUUAAUGUCUUUGUUGGUCGUAAUGCAUACGCAUUGGGGACUGGAAGCUAUUAUUAUAGACUAUGCACGCCCUAGCAUUGUUGGACCUGUUCUACCAAAAAUCUUGCAUUUGUCUUUGUUCAUCCUGUCAGCUGCAACACUAACUGGACUGUUUUUACUUAUUAAUAAUGGUCCAGGUGUCUCGAAAAGUAUCAAAGACUUUUGGGCAAUUGGCAAAAAACCUUCUGAACAAUCGUCUGUGAAAGAAAACGCCAAAUAAUAUAAAUGAUGAUGUCAUAAUAGAUGUUUAAUAUCUUAGAACUUUUGUAAUUCGCUUAUAAAUCCUACAGGAAUAAAUUAUUCAUCUUCAACUAAUAAA